AUGGAAAAUGAAUUUAAUGAGACACAAAAGCCGCCAUACAAUCCACCUCAACAAAAACCACUUCCGUUAACGUUACCACCUUCGCUUACUAUUAGUAAUAUAACUACAACUAUAGCUAACUCUUCAUUUCCAGCGCAACGACUUCAGUUGUCAUCAUCUCUCGCGUAUAUUAAUGAUACUGAUAGUAAUGUUGAUGCGGAAAAAAUCCAAAAUAAUGAAAAUAAAGGGAAAGAUAAGAUGCUAGAUCGUGAUAAUCAUCGACCGGAAAUAGAAAUUCAAGGGAAUGAGAAUAAUAGAAAUGAGAUUGAGAAUUUUGAGACUAGCAAUGAAAAUACUAAUAUUCUCGAGAAUAUUAUUAAUCUGAAUACUUAUGAGAAUGAUAAUGAAAAUGAUAACCUUACUAUCGAGAAUAUUAAUCAUGAGAGUUACGUUGAGAAUAACGAGGAAAAUAAUAAUUUAAGCAUGCAGAUGAAAGAAAUUGAAGGCGAUCAAGAAUUAGUUGACGUGGAAAACAUAUCAAACACUGAAACGACGUUGGCAGAAUUGCUGGAGGCGGAGAACAAAUUUCAAGCUCUUGCAGACGCUGCUACGGAAAUUGCUGAAGGUUUUGGAAAAUUCGCAAGAGCAAUGGAGAAGAUUCACAAUAUCGAUUCUUUCAAUUAUAAUAGUUUACCCCAGCUUCUCCGACUAAAUGAUAUAGAAACCAAUUCCACUUCAGUAUCGUCAUCAUUAGGCGAAAAAAAGUUUCGCGACCGAAAACGUCAGAGACGCAAUUCCACAAAUAAAUAUUCCCCACCAUUUUCACAAGUACGAAUGGCGAAGGAGAUUAUAGAAAUAUCGAAAAAGGAUAUCGGGAUAAAAUUGGAAAAACUCAUUAACAGUUAUUUGACUUGUAAAGUGAUUCCUAGUAGACCGCAGUUAUUGGAAGCUAUAGAAUUGUGGGUUGAACGAGAGAAACGAAGGGUAAAGAGAAGCAGAAAAAUGAUGCGAAAUAAAAGAUAA